AUGACAAUUUCUUCAUACAAUGCUAUUACCAGUCAAGUCGAAUUAACGUAUCUUCCUGAUAUGAAUAUCACCAAGUUCGUAAGCUCUAUCCACAAUCUACCACAACAUCAAUUAGACGAAAUAAAUUCUGGGUAUUCAGGAAAUGUCAGUAAGUUUGAAGAACAACUACAUCGAUUGAACACAAACGAACAACUAGUUUAUGUUCACAAUGUGGUGUUUAUCCAGAAUUUCAGAUUAUCGAAGGAAGCUUUUCGAGAUUUAUUGAAUGAAGUAGAAAACCAACUUAAAAUAACAAAAACUGAACGCGCUGUACCUAAUAUUUUAAAGGUGGCAUGUGCUUUAAAAUUUUGUGCACAAGGAAGCUAUCAACUGAGCGUGGGCAACGAUUUUAAUUUAGGUUUAGCUCAACCUACUGUAUCAGUUUGUUUAAAAGAGGUGUUCAACGCAGUUGAAAGGCGUUCAUGUCCGAAGUGGAUUAAAUUUGAGUACAGUAAAGAAGAAGAACGACGUGCCAAAAUUUAUUUUUACGAAAAAACGGGCUUCCCAAAUAUUGUGGGUUGUACAGAUGGAAGUCACAUAAAAAUAAUAAGUCCAAAGGAAGAAGUAAAACAUUUAUACUACAACAGAAAAGAAUUUUGUAGUUUUAAUGCAUUGAUAGUAUGUGACCACGUAAUGAACAUACGUUAUGUGAAUGCCAAAUACCCAGGAAGUUAUCACGAUUCACAUAUUCGGAACGUGCCAGCUUUAAAAGCUAAAAUUGAGAGUGAUUAUCGUAGUGGGCGAAAUGAUUUUAAAUUUCUGGGAUAUUCAGGAUAUCCCUUGGUACCAUAUAUGCUAACACCUUUCAGAAAUACUGAGGAGGCGUCUUUGGAAGCUCGUUUCAACAAAAAGCAUGCACAAGGGCGGAAUAUCAUACGAAUAUCAUAUCUUACGAUUUUACUCCUAAAUAAAAUAUAUGAAUAA